AUGAGACCGACACAGCCUUUGAGCGGCAGCGGUGCCCCCAACUGGAAAAUUGGCCACUGGAUUGGCGACUGGGGAUCCUUCGGCGGCGCCAAGCAAAAGGGCAUCAUUCACUAUGGUGUCUCUGCCAACCGACAGAACCCUCUGGCAGGUAUCGUUCACGACGCCAUCUUCAAUACUUUCCGCCGCACCAAGGGCCAAAUCUUCUACUGGGUUCCUCCUAUGAUUGCCGCAUACUACCUGAUGGAUUGGGCGACCGAGCGCAACCACUACCUCAACUCCAAACAAGGUCGUGCCGAGUUCGCCGGGGAGGAAUAG